AUGCUUGCGCUCAUUUUCCUGGCUCUGGUGCUAAGUUUGGAAAAUGGAAUUACUUCCCGAGUCAGUGAUUGUACACAGUUAAGAGAGCGAUGCCUAGGUGACCUGGACGUCUGUGCGCGUGCAUGGAGAGUGAUGGAAGCUGCCUGCGAUACUGCAGGUGACCCCUGCAAAAUGAGAAAUUCAUCACACUGUAUCCUGAGCAUCUACUCCUUAAUAGAAAAUAAUUUGCAAUUCACAGAAUGUGUCUGUAUUGAUGACUUUGAUUGUACUGUGAACAAACUGCUUGGGAAAAAAUGUAUCAAUAAGUCAGGUAGCAUGAAAGAGGACAUUAAACUCAAGUGGAAUCUUACGACACUUGCCUAUCAUGAAUUCCAGGGGAUCCCAUCCUGUUUGGAAGUGACCGAGGCGUGCGUAGGGGAUGUGGUCUGUAAUGCACACUUAGUACCUUACCUUAAAGCUUGCUCAGCAAAUGGAAAUCUGUGUGAUGUGAAACACUGCCAAACAGCCAUACGGUUCUUCUAUCAAAAUAUGCCUUUUAACAUUGCCCAGAUGUUGGCUUUUUGUGACUGUGCUCAAUCUGAUAUACCUUGUCAGCAGUCCAAAGAAGCUCUUCACAGCAAGCCAUGUGCAGUGAACAUAGUUCCACCCCCUUCUUGCCUCAAUGUAAUUCACAGCUGCCGAAAUGAUGAAUUAUGCAGGAGACAUUACAGAGCAUUUCAAUCAAAAUGUUGGCAGCUUGUGACUGCAAAGUGCCACGAAGAUGAGACUUGUAUCAGCACCUUAAACAGAAAGGACUUGAUUUGCUCAGGAAGUGAUGACUGCGUAGCAGCGUACCUGGGUACCCUUGGGACAGUCCUUCAAGUGCAAUGCAACUGCAGGACCAUUACACAAAGUGAAGAAUCACUGUGCAAGAUUUUCCAGCAUAUGUUGCAUAGGAAAUCAUGUUUCAAUUAUCCAACCCUGUCAAAUGUCAAAAGCAUUACACUGUAUAAAAGAAAACACACAAAGGAAAUGACCUUGACUGGAUCUCAACUCCCCUUCAAUGGCCAUGUAAUCUAUGCUAUCACAUGUGUGAUGGUCACCUGUGGGAGCCUGCUACUGAUUUUGCUCAAGCUCAGAACCUCUAAAAUAUCAAAUCCAACAAGAGAUCCUUCACCAGUCCAAAUACCUGGAAGAGUCAUUCAUCAGGAAGCAAGGCUCAUGAACAACCACUUUCUUUAA